AUUUUUCUGAAUCUCUUAGAGUUUUAAAUUUGACUCUGUCGCAUUACGAUGACCAAGUGGACGUUUAGCCCAAGCCAGCCCGGUACAACCCGGAAUAUGGCAUCGUGGCAGAUCUCACGCCAGAAUCAUGAGCCUUACCAAAUAGACGUUUCGUGGCCUUUAGCCUGGUCUGCGCAGGAAAAUUCUGUUGCAAACGCUAUCUACCUAGUAGACGGAAAUGCCUUGUUUCUCAGUGCGACAGAAACCCUCCGACGACGGCAAUCUCACCGGCCUCAAGAGACGGGGACUGUCGUCGUCGCAGUGGGAUACCCUCUAACGGACUCUGUCUUCAGCCCUCGUAGAAGCGUCGACCUCACUCCACCGUGUGGCCAUUACACGCCGCCAGAUGGACCCGAUGGGAAGCCAAAGCCCAAUGCUUAUGGAGGCGCAGACAAAUUCUUGACAUUCAUCACGGAAGUUGUACAGCCUUUCAUCACCUUGAAAGUGUUUCCUCAAGUGUCCUUCGACCGAACAGCGAUAUUCGGCCAUUCCUAUGGCGGGCUAUUCGUGCUCCACACCCUCUUCACACGACCAUCCAGCUUCGAUGUUUACCUCGCCGCAAGCCCGUCAAUCUGGUGGAAUGAUCGCUUUAUCUUGUCUGAAGCGGCGCGGUUUCGUGGCAGCCCGGCAAUAUCUUCCCGUCCAGUUCUUCGGUUGUCGUACGGAUCGAGGGAGCAGGCUCCAGUUCGCGAACCAGGAGAACCUUGGGAGAGAUUUCAGUGGAGGAAGAGCGUCGCAGAGCGGCGUCGGAUGGCCGACAAUUGUAACGAACUUUACUCGGAGCUUUUAAGUAAUGAACGGUUCCGCAUAAUCCAGAAAAGAGAGUAUCUGGAUGAAGAUCACGGAAGUGUAAUUGCAGCUGCCCUGAGCGGUGGACUGGUAUAUUUUCUUGACCAAAGUGGCGAGUAUCGAUUCUAGAUCCAUGCCUAUAGUAGAACGGACAAACGAGCUGUUCUAUCGAUUACCGUGGCCGAGGUAGCCUUUACAGUUGACAACAACUUUCGGGUUCCCUACUUCAGGCACCCAGCCCUGUUCUAUCGUUCCUUGCUUUCUCUUUACAUCCAACUUAAGUAUUAUGAUCAGGGGAGAAACGUGAAUUUGCUGUAGGAGGCUAUGAUCAAGCUGCUUGGUAAUGCGAACUAACUAAAGGUAGAGGGUUGGGGGAAUUUCAGGUCCUUAAAUAGCCUGUCAGACGGCAAUGAGCCAAUGACGACAAGGCGUGCAGACUGCAGAGGUACCACAGAAUUUGACAGGAUUUGAGAAUCAGGACCUUUCGCCAAGACCGUUGGAAAGGGGAAUUCCGACCAAUUGAGUGUAAGAUCACGGGCUGCGGAAUAAUUCUUAUCAGAUUACUCACUUUUUGUGCAUCCGUGUGG